UCUUGAGCAAAACAAUCUAGUAAACAUGCAUCCAUAUAUCAAUUUUAAAAGACAAAUUGUGAUGUUAUUUUAUUAACAUAGACAGGCUCAAAUUAAACAAGGUGCAGUCUGUAUUGCUGCUGCUUGUGAGUCGUCAUCUUCACUUCAAGCAAACUCGACAUCUGCUGUGCUGAAUGAUAAUGGAGAUGCAGAAACCUGAGACCUGUGUGUUACCUGAGAACCACAAAAGAAUGGCACCAAAGCAAAAUGUGAUUGGUGCUAACACGGCGGAUAAUAUCAGAACCAGAGAUGCUUACUGGAAAUUUAUCAUAGCAUCUCCAGAGUAUAUUUCGUCACACAGUGGGAGUCUUUCGGCCACACAAACAAAAAGUGCUCAUCAACGCUUGCUUGAAUGCAAGAGACAGGCAGUUGGGCAAGCUCUGCUUGGAACAGUGCCCCUGCCCAUCAAUCAUACCACAGUCUCUUUGCCUGACCUGCACAAUAAGAGCAUUGUGCUGAUGUCACAACCUCAGAAAAGGAGCACAUUUUCCUCUUUGUAUAACUCCUUGUCAAAGAAGGCCAAUUUGACCCUUACACCGUCCAAGAUUUUCAAAAAGGUGCAGGACAGACCAAAUUGCUUGAACUUUCAGGAGAUUAAAGGUGCACCUAUUUCAGAAAACUGCUUGAAGAGAAGCCAGAUAAGAAUUAUGGGAAAAAAGGAACGGGUUCUGUUCUGUACAAUCGACACUGUAAAACAAAAUUGGUUACCAUUUCAGAAGAAAGCAGUCACUUGCUAUAUUGAAAGCAGCAUACAUGAUAAAGAAUCACCAUCAUCAUCUGCCAAUGAGAUAAAAAUAUAUUCAGCGUCACCUGUACUAAAUAAAGAGACUGAGCACUGGGGAAGAGAUUGGAAUUAUGUUUCAAAAGCAGAUGUGUUUGCAGGUAAAUACUGCAGUUCCAUCACAUUUUCCAGUGGCAGAAGCACAGAUGGAUUUCCUGACAGAAACGUACUUAAAUACAAGACCUCCAGCAGCGAGAAUGUUGAUUCUUUAGACAGCAGAUUGCCAGCCAGUGGAGGGAGGCGACUUGAGAAAUCACUGGAAAAAAAGGAGGCUUUGUCACUCAAAUCAGCUUUCAUUUACUCCCAUAAUCCUAACAAAAAGGAGUGUCUACCACCCAGCCCGAGUCCCCAGCUCCCAAAUGAACAACUCAAGACAACAGGAAUCCUGACAAGUUCAAAUGAAAAUGUGCUUGGGAUAUGUUCUGCUCCUGUGGACUACAAAACCAGCACCUCUAGAGCUAGGAAAGGCUUCUCGUCGAUAACGAUUACAGCACGCCGACUAAUUCCUCCAGUUAAUGUGCCACCCACAUCCCCAGGCAAUGCCAGCCUGAAGCAAUUCAGUGGAGAUACGCCUUUUAAUUCUAGAUCUUUUCACACUUCAGAGAACUGCUUAGAUGACAUGUGCUAUAGACGUAGUUGUAAAAGCAGAAAUGUCAGGAAAGUAAACAUGACAGCUCGCAGGAACAACUACUCUGCAAGUGAAGGAUGUAGUGGAACUGAAAGGAUUGAACACAAAAGCAGUCAAACUCGAGGACACAAUAAGGAAAAUGAGAUUUUGCUGUUGAACACAGAUGGCAAGAAAGAAUUUUCUGCUAAGUCACCCAAGGGCUUGGUGCAAUCCUGCGUCUAUUUUCGAGUUUCUCCUCAUUUGUCACAGGCUAAUUUUUAUUUAGACAAACCUCUUUUCAUUCCCAUCCUAGGGGCCAAACCCUCCUGUGCACGGCAAAAGCAUCGCUCAACCUUCUCCCUCUAUGUGAAUGGCACUUCUACAAAGCAGACUCUAAAUGCCACAAAUGCCCAGCUGAAAGAGGUGACGUCUAAGAAUGAGACAGGCAGGCAAAGUGACAAAAGAGAGAGCAAUAAUGUGAAAUUCAAGAAGGAGGCUACAUCUCUUUCAUCUUCACAUUACCGACUAAGUCAUUUCUUCAGGAAUACUCCUCAGGAAAAUGCUACUUCCGUUACUUGUGAGUUACUAAAAAAAAACAACAUGUUGAUAUCCGAUGAGACAGACAACUGUGUUCACAUGAUUGGCCAGCACCUGAGAAACCACUGCAUGGUUAAUGGCCCUUUAAACGAAGUACAAGGACCUGCUAAAAGCAGGAAAAAUGUUUUGGGGCGUGGAAAAGAAGCUGAACAAGAUCUUGAGUGGAUCAUCAGGACAGAACAGAUGGAUGACAGCAUCUGGCCAAGAGGCUUUAUUGACACAGAAGAUGACGUACAAACUACUCUGACAUUAAAAGAGGCCCUGGAGUUCUUUCGGCCAGAUUUCAUCACCCGCUCAAGAAAACGUUUGAAAGAUCUUGAACAGAAGAGGUAUCAGAGAAAGGUACAACAAAAUGAGAGUAUGCUGUCUCAAAGAUCCGUCACUUCCCCAGGGAUCCUUCUGAUGAACGCCAGCAAAAAAAAGUGCACCAAACCCCACCCUCUCAGUGAUAACCUUUUUAAGCCAAAGGAAAGAACAAUCUCAGAGAAGGAGAUGCAGCUGAGGUCUAAACGGAUUUACAACCAGCUGCCUGAAGUGAAAAAGAAAAAGGAAGAGGAAAAGAGAAAAGUGUUUUCCCAGACUAACAGACUGCGGGCUGAGCUGUUUAAAAAGAAAUUGUUGGACCACAUACUACAGAGAAGUAUUGACUACUGAAGGGGAAAAUGGUGAAAAUACCCAUGGAAAUAUUCUUCUAGGGCAGUUUUUCUAUAAUGUAUUAUAUAACUUUUCUAAAGUUGUAUGGGUUUCACAGCUGCAUAUUUAUUUAGCAAUAUACUAAUAACAAGAGAAUGAAGCAAUUUGUUUGGCUGCUGACUCCAAAAUCCCAGAUAACUACUUUUUUUUUUUUAUACGUAAUUUAAUUAUAAAUAAACUGAAUAUGUGUAAAGGCAAAUAACAAACAAUACAACAGAAUCUGUACAAAUAAAAAGUCCACCAAAAUCACAUGUUAGGUAAUAUCUGGCAUGAAGGCACCAUUGUGUGAUUCCCUGUUGUUCUUCAUAAGUGUAUUCAAGUAUUUUUCUUGAAGUGGUGGCACUAACAUCCAGAAAGAAAAUCUGACAUACAUACUGUGUUAUGGGAAAUGCAGCAGAAAACGGCUCCAAGACACAAGAAGAGUCUUCAUAUUUUAUUAAUGAUUUCUUUACACAUAACUGAAAAUAAACACCCUUGAGGUGUGUCCUUGUCUUCAUAACAUGAUCUCUUUAAUACCUGAGCUAUGCAACAGUCUUUUGGGAUGUCCUUGCUGUUCCCCAUGCCCUACUUAAAAGGUAGCUGCUUGGAUUCACUCGCUGACCUCCUUUAGGUUAUUCUCGGUGACUUGUUUUUCAUUUUGUGCAGCUCAAAUGAAUUCAGAAAGUAUAAGUACAUGAUUCACCUACCCAAUCUGAGCAUUUGUUUGGUUUCAUUGGCUCAGUUCAAGGACCCAGCAAAAAAGCAAAACAGGAGACACAUUGCCACUUUGAAUGUCAAGUUAUGAGUCCAUGCAGCUCUUUCUAUUUCUUCCUGACAUACAUCUUUGUCUUACACAUCAUCUUCUCUACAUCUAUUCUCACUGACCUUAAUUAGAUAGUCCUGAAUGUGCUAAUAAGGCCUAUUAGGCUGGCCUUUUACACUAAAGCAGCCUAUUUAUAUUGUACAUUUGUGUUUGUCUGCCUCCCGCACCACUCGAAGUACCUUUUGGACCCCAUAAUGUGAAGGAAAAAAAAACCUAAGCUCCUGUUUAAGCUCCAGCUCACCUUUGCUUUUAGCCUUCCUCUGUCUGUUCUAAAAAAAAACAAAAAACAACAGACACUGAUUAACUAUGGAGGUUCCAAAAUUUGAUUAAUUUAAAAAAAGUUAAAAAAUCAUGCAUCUCUCUUAAGUUGAUCAUUUUGUUUUGCUCAGGCCUGCAGUGGAUGAUUAUUUGUUUUCAUUUCUCUCUGCUUUGAAAAUCACUUUCUCCAGUCACUGAUCAUCUGACACUAUUUAUUCCUGAGCUGGGUCAAGAAAAGGUAAUACCUGUUUGGCAGAGUUUGGACACAAGGCACGCGCGCGCACACACACUGCUGCAUUGGUUCAAUUUUGAUGACUGUGUCCUCAGAUAGCAAAAGAUGAACUGGCUAGGGACUGUUAGGAGUUGUGCCUAAGAGAAGAUUCAUUUCAUUAGCCUUCAUGUCACCAUACCUGGAAAAAAUAUUCUAGCCGUGUUUAGUGCAGGGUGGCAUAAGGCUUUGGACACAGCCAGCAGUGAGAACAAUAUCACAUAUUGUAUGAGAGGGACCAAAAUUUGACAGUUUUAGUGACCACCUUUAAUUGUAUGCAAUCUCCUCUAUUGGGGAGGACACAAUGAAGUCAGUUAUGAUUUCUGUGGGCUGGAUACAGCAUUGGUUUUAACAUUCUCAGACCUUCUUAAUGCAAUUCAGGGUCAUGAGGAGGCCAGAGACAACAGCACUAGAUAUAAAGCAGGGGAUGACCUUGGACAGUUUACAGAUUUCACUCAGACACACACAUAUACAUCCAACUCACUUGGGCCAAUUUACAGUCUCUGUUCAACUUAGCAGACACAUGUUUGGGAUGAGGGAGACAUGGAUACCAAGUGUGUGACUUGUAAUGCAGAGUUCUGUUACUGAGAGAUAGCAGUGUUGGAAGGUACAAAAUAAUUUAGAUGAAAAAUCCACUUUAUGUGUUAAAUUGUGAUAUACAGUACAUGCAUUUUAACAAAGGUGAAAAAAUAUAUUUUUUGGAGUUGUAAUAAAGUAUGCUGAAUGAAAAUGUUCAUUCAAUUGUAUAUGCUUAAUAAACUGAGUUAUAAUAUAA